AUGGAUGGAUUAACAAAUGAUUCAGAAAUGUGUGCCAUAUAUAUUAUAGAUUGUAUUAAGUCUAACUACAUAUUGUGAUAUGGUAUUGGACUUAUAGUUAUACAAUAUAAUAUACAAGUAUAUAAAUACAGGGAGAAUGCUUUCCGCAGUAUGACUUACAGUUGACCUAGAAACCAGUGCCAUGUUGCCCAGCAACUGUCACCAUGGAAACAAACAUGUGGCCCUUCUUCUCUUUCUGCUUUCCUUCUACACAGUUGAAUCUGCUGACUACACAUUGGGGUUUGACAGUGAGAGUAGCUGCACAAAAACCCAUUUCUACGAGGCUGAUGAUGUGUUCAAGGCAUCUGUGAGGGGGAAUGUACAUGCCAAACAUUGUCCCCUUACCUUUGUGCAAUCGGGGGCUUUCAGUUCUGGGUCUACAUACAGCGAGCCAUGUGUGUGUCUUUGUGUGAAGAUACUAGAGUACACAUUGGACAGCUGUAACGUGAGGCUGAGCUACCAUGAUGGCCUUAAUGACUUUGCACCUUCUACCUUUGACUGCCACAAGUUUCCGCCUAUCUUAUGGUGCUCCAGUAAGAACGAGCUGAAGGUGUCAGUAUCAGAACUGAGUGCAUAUCGGGGCGGGAACUAUGCCAUUUCCCUCCAGAUAAAACCAUUCUGUGGUAGCCAAGAUAGUUUAACUACAGAUUCCAGUAUUGUGGUCAAACCCCAGAAGAAGGGUUCCUCCAUCAACCAGACAGCUUUGAUAAGUGGGGCGAUUGUUGGGACAAUCUCUAUAGUGUUUGUCCUGGGCUGGAUAGUGUACUGCUAUCGUUACCGCCACAACAACCCAGAACCCUCCGCCUCCACUGCACUUCACAGAUCUACACGGGCUUCAACACCCAACCAGCAGAUCAACAGAUAUGCACCAGUGGAGAGGAAACCACAAUCAUCAUCCCAGUCCGGUAGUGACCAGGGGGCACUGACCACACCCUACAGGCCACAGGAUGUGCCCCAUCCCGUGGUCGAACCCCGUCUCUACUCCCCAUUCCAGCCUCCAACCCAGACACAGAACCCGGGCUUCAGACCACCACAGCCUGGCACACAACAGGUGCUGUAUUCUGACCUGGACAGAGGCGUUCCACGAGGUGAAAGAUGGUUUCUAGGUGAUAAUGCCCGUGCACCGGGGUUUGUGAGCCCCACCCCAGGGCCGAGGUACGGGGAGGAGGAUCAGGUGUACAAGUAUCCCCAGGAUGGAGAGAUGCACACAGUGCCUGUGGAUACCAGAUUUGUGGUGUAUGACUUUGACUACGAGCCACAGCCACUUGAAAGGAAGUACUCUGCUGGUAAAUCUCGCACCCUACCUGCCAACCAAUCACCAGUUAAAGAUGUUGACAAAAUUAGGCCAAGGGAGAUCACUCCAUUGAAAGAGACUGUUAGAGUACUUGGCCCUGGAAUUCAACCCAGGAUUCCUCCCCAAAUUGACUCAACCACUGAUCACACAUCUGACAAUGACUCAUCAUUUUCUGAAACAACAGAGGAUGACACUACCGAUGACCAAACAGUACAAAGUAAUCUAAGAUAUGCCCCUCCUUUAGGAUUUUAUAACCCUGGAGGUGGCUUUAGGCAGGUUGAUCCAAACUCAAGAGUGUAUGAUCCAAGUAAUUUCCAAAGAAUUGAUAACAGAAGCAUACAAAAUCCUUCAAAUAAAACAAAUCCUCAAAGUGCUCAAAGUGAUUCAUUAAGUGCAAUUAGAACUGAUGUUGAUCAUGUGCCAGAACCGCCUCUAAGAAAUGAAUCAAACAGAUCAUUCAGAACUGAACCGGUUCAACAUCCACAAAGGAAUGCUGAAUCAAGCAUAGCUCUUCAGAAAUCGUUUGUAAAUGAGAAUGAGGCCAAGCCAACACCCACCACAGAGAGUGCAAGAGAGGGACCGAUGCCCCAAGUCCCAUCAGUUCCCAGGGAGAUACAGAGAGCUGGUCCCAGGAUUUCACCCCAGAGGGAGCUUCCCUGGCCCCACGGACCCCCACCACCAUACUCACCUGCAGAGAAAUUUGUGGUUUAGGCUCUCUGUGAUGUGACAUUGGCACACUGUGUGAACAAAUGUGUUGGUAAGGCUGGUUUAGGCUGUGUAUAAUUAGACACUGACAAAUAUGUGUCAACAACCUGAACUCCCUUUGUUUCAUCCCUGACAGGACUGCUGUCUCAAGUCCCUUAAAAAUGACUGGCAGUACUGUACUGGUCUCUACCAAGGCAACAGAUUUGAGGAGGUUUUUGAACUAUGUAUGGAUAUCAAGUUCUAUAUUAUACCGAUAAUAGCUUUAAAGUAUAUGGACUAUAAUAGUCUGGUACACAUUUUAUUUGGCUGUUAAUUAUCUUCAUUCUACAUAUAUGUACAAUGUUUUUUAUAUUUCUUUAGACUGUCUCAGUGUUUAUGGGCUUUUUCUAGUUUUAUAUUUACAUUUUGCUUUUUACAUUAAGGUUAGUGUUCACAAUUUUUCAAAGAUAAUCUUGUUAGCGGGUCUGAAAUUUUAUUGCUUGAAUUUACAUUAUAGUUGUCAUUUGCUCUUCUAUUUUCCAAAGAAAAAAGUGGAGGUAUAAACAUAGCCAUGGUGUUGUUGGCUUUGUCAUGCAAAAACUUAAUCCUCAGCGACAACUUGAAAUAAAGAUAUUGGUUUGAAACUUAGUACAUGUUUGGUCCCUGAAAAUACACACAUGCAAAGCAAGACCUUUAACUCUGUCCUGAACAAUCUUGAACAAUUAAGAAGUUAUGCCCCUUUUUGACAAAGAAAAAAACCCAGAUGAGUUCUGGCAUCCACUUAAGGUGCCAUUGUUCCAUAUUGUCAUCGUUUAAUGAGAUAUAAAGAUACAUUCAUAUUACCGUGGUGGUUGUUUUACAGGUGAUGUAUGGCUAAUAGUGGAGUAUGCAAAUCUUUAGUUAUUAACAAAUUUGUUUAACAGAAAAAUCAAUUGGAUACAAGUCCACAUGCGUUUGUCUGUCCAGGGCUUUUACAUCUUUUGAAUAUCAUAUGAUUUAUGGAUAUGAAUAUUUAAAUAGGGUUGACUGGGCGUCAGAGCAGUUAUUUGAAUUCAAGGCCUUACUUUCAUACUUGUAUAGUAUUUCUUUGUAAGACUUGGAGCAGUUUUCAUGCCCCCAAAGGUAGGCAUAUUAAAAUUGUACCAUAUGAUCUUCGUCUAUUUUUUGGUUGUGUACAGGCUGUAAUUUUGUCACGCAAUGUGCGAUUUUGAAAUGAUUAGGCAAAAAUGUUAGAAAUGCAAAGGUAACAUGUUGCAUGUAAGACCCACAUCCUUUCCCUGGAGGUUAAGGUCACAUUUUACUCGGUAAAAGUUAAUCAUGAUUGAAUAUAUAUACAUGUAUAGAGAGAAUAGGUGGUCAUGUCCGGGCUAUAAAUAUGUCAUACAAAGGGAGAUUUUGAAAUAACCUGGCAAAUAUUUGAGGAACAUAAAGAUGAUGUGAUGUGUAAAAGACAAACGCCCCGAUCUCAAAGGCCAAGGUCACUCUUAGGGGUUAUUCUUUAAGUUAUGUUGAAUAUUUGCACAUAGAGUAUAAUGAUAAAAUCGAGUGAUGAAUGCAAAAAGGUUCUAAGCGACAUGAAAUAAAGAAGAAGAUAGAACCUUUUUUGCUUUCACACCUACAUGUGGUCAUGUCUUGGUCGUAAUGUUGUCCUGCAAGGUGGUAUUUGAAAAAUAACAUUGCACAGAUGUUUUGCACAUAAAGGCAGGUUCAAAAUAUAUGUCUUUAUCUCUGGAUGUGUUUUUGCAAGCACCAAUUUUCUACGUCGUCCCCUCACUCGAAGUUGUAGUCAACAAUCAUGGGGUCCUGCAUCAUUAUAUGGGCAUUGACCAUUGAUCUGUCUGGCACUUGGGGACAUUCAUCACUUACAUUGACAGCUCUUGUUUCAUGAAUUGUUUCAUCUCGGUUUUAUGUGUUCAAAAGUUUUUAUUGUCUCAUUUUUUUAUAUUUUAUUUCACUGUGAUUAUGGUGCUAUUAUAAACUUGUACUGUUUUGCUCAUACAUCAUAAUGUUUAUUGUUUAGUGUACUUUUAUUUGUUGUAUGAAUACUCAACUAUGUUGCAAACAGCAGCAAUUAUAGUGCCUUUUACAUUGUUUACUUUGCUCUAAAUUUGGUCAAUUUAUAAUACGAUUAUUAUUUAUUUACGGUGUAAUUUUAGGAACAAAACCAUAGACAUUUUACAUUAUAUACACUUCAUACUUUGUGAAGCUUUAUGUUCAUUUGAUUUGUGCAUGUAUUUCUUGACUACUUGCAAUAGAAUUGUCAUGUAAACAUUUAAAAGGUUGACCAACAUUAAAUAUAGUUUUUUAUUUCCUUUUGGGGAAUAGGGCAAGUUUUUACCAGUUCAUUUUAAGCUUGUCUUCUUUUUAAAGAUGUCACUGUGGGUCGCAGCAUCGCGCAAAUACUCAACCUUGGUUAGAACUCACACCACAUUCAAAUGAAACUUGGUAUACAUGUGUUUUGUAACAAUACCCAUAUGUAUACAAUACCCACAUAAACAAGAAGGCCCAUGACUCUGGCUUAACUAAUUGAUAAAAAAAUAUUUCACUGUUCAACUAAAAAAACAAACAGAUGAAAAUAGGUUUUCGCUCUUGUGUUGUUGUUGUUGUUGUUGUUUUAAAGUGUUGAGAUAGCCUUGGUGGUUAUUUUUUAACUAAGUAAUAACUCAAAAACAACUUAAGAUUUUCAAAGAAAACUUGGUACACAUGUUGAAAAAACAAAUGUACUGAUGAUAAUACUCGAACAAUAUUUUCACUUGUAAGAUAUUCAGUAACUCUUGUUUUGUAAACUUUAAUAAUUGUUGAGUUAUUCCCCUUGACCAACUGAGAAAACAAACAGAUGAGCAUGUUAUUGGCUUGUGGUGCUCUUGUUUUAUGCAAAUUGAAAGCAUUGUUGCUAUAAUCCAUUAGACUAUACAAAACUGUUUUUGUGUUAAGUGUCAACCCUUAAUACAGAAAUCCUAUUUAGGUAUCCUGAAAACAACAACAGAAGAACCCCUGAAAGAAAUGAAUGCUAAAUGAGUGACAUCAUAUGUAGAAUAUAGACACACAGAGCCUCCUUAGUCCAUUCAUCGUCAAAUAGAUUUUCACUGUAAAAUGAUAUCAAAUAAAACUUAUAUUUGAGACUUGUGUGAAACAUGGGAAUCACACAGAAAACAUCCUUUUCAGAUAUCAAUGGUCAAUAUUACUAGUACAAAGUAUGAAGAAUGUUGUUUACACUUGUCUUCUGUAGUAGGAAUAAUAGUUAUAUGAAAUUAUAAAUAUUCAGGAAAUCGUUUAUCAUAUAAAAUGUUGUUGUUGUUUUUUGGAACCUGAAACCUAUCCGUCUGCAAAUGCUUAACAUAGAAAUGAUUUAAUAUGGCCUUAAAUGGAACGUGAAUGAAUGCGAGCUGACAAUAUUACCAGACAAUGUUUAAAACAGUAUUGAUUUGCGAUGAAACUCAAGUAGGAUUUCAGUUUGAUUGAGUGUAAAUUAAUCAAAUAAAUGAAAAUGACAUGACAGGAGAGUCUGCAUAGGAUGUCUUUUAACUCAGCAUUUUGGGCAUUAAUAAUAAUACUUGUUUGGUGAUAAAUCAAUAUAUAAUAUAAUACACUGGAUACUAGUUUAGUUAUUGCUGUUAACUUUUAAUCUCGUCUCCGUAAAAGACACUAUUUUGAAAAGAAGAAACCACCUUUAAUUGCUAUCUGCUUAUCUUGCUAAAAAGGCUUAUUAGCAUUACAUUGUGUAUGGACUAUGCUGUCUCAUUUAUAUUUCACAAUUUACUAGAUCAGAUAUGAACAUUCAGCUUUAAGUUUUAAUGUUAUGUGUCAUAUAUGUCCGUCCAUGCUACAAUAUGCUUUAAGCUUCAGUAUUGUAUUUCUUACAUCAGUGUUCUAUGCAAGUCUUGUGGGAGGUCUCAUUACUUAUCAUUUAUCAAAUUACAUGUAUUUAGAAUUGAUACUUUGCAAAUAAAAGAAAGUAAGCGUUUAAAAUGUU